GCAAAACAGAAAAAUGAAAAUAUGGCAGACUGGGAUUGAAUUGAUUAGAUAUGUUUUUGUUUUUGUCUUGAGUGUUUUUUCAAUUCUGUUAUUGUACGAAUAAUAUAUUUUUGUUACAAACUAUUUUAUUUAACUACUAGAAAUCCAAUAAUAAAUGAUAACUGGAUUUUUUUAUUCCAACCACCAUGAAUCAGAGUCAGGGCGAUGAAAUUUGCUGGUAUCAUCCCAACAUAACCAGGGAGGAAGGUGAAAAACUUUUAUGGGAAGAUCCAAGAAAAAUUAAUGGGCUGUUUAUAGUAAGAGAUAGUGUUUCGUCACCAAGUGAUUAUGUCCUGUCUGUAUUAUUUGAGAGCCAAGUCAACAAUUAUCAAAUAAGAAGACACCAAGAGGAUGCUUUUUUCUCUUUAAACGAAUCAGUCAAAUUUCACGGACUAGAAAAUUUAAUUGAAUACUAUAAAGAAAAUCCUCUUUCUGAUGAUGGAUUGGUCCUUACCGAAUAUAUUGAAGGCUCCCUACCUCCUCAUGAAACUCGAAGAUCUGGGAGCACCAAUUUACUCCAUAGGGCUACUGAUGUAGGAAACUUUACAGUUGUGACGGCUUUACUACAAUCUGGUUAUCCAGGAUAUGAUGCAAAAAAUCAAGAUGGAAAAACUGCCGCUCAUUUGGCGGCCAUUAAUGGAGAAAAUGACAUUUUACGAGAACUUAUUCAUCAUCAAGUAAAUGUCAAUUUGCGGGAUGCGACAGGGGUGACACCAUUGCAUUAUGCCUGCAAAUAUAACAAGCCAGAUACUGUAAGAUUACUAAUAACACUAGGAAAAGCCAAUAUUCAAGCUCGUAAUACUGAUAAUAAUGAGGUUCCUUUGCAUGUAGCGGCCAGUGAAGGACACCUUGAUGUAGUAAAAGAAUUGUUAAGUUUAAGUGCUCCACUUUAUCCCAGAACCAAAAAGGGAUUGGUUCCCGCACAAAUUGCUAGGAUAAAGGGCCAUACUGAAUGUGCAGAAUUUUUAGAAUCGUAUGAGGUUCCUACUCCAAAAGUUACACGGAACGAGUUCUAUCAUGGGACAUUAGAUAGGCAAGAAGCCGAAGAAAAAAUAAAACAAUACAAUCCUAUAAGCGGAGUGUUUCUUGUGAGAUAUAGUGACCGAAAUGGAUUGGAUAUUUUAACGUUAUAUCAUGAAAAAAUUUGGCGUUUUUUAAUAAAGCAACAAGGAGACUUCUUGGUCAUUGAUGAUGGACCUUUAUUAAACUCGCUAGAGCAUUUAGUAGAAUAUUAUAGUACAAUAUGUGAUGGAUUGCCUACAGUUUUAACUUUCCCAAUACCACCUCCUCCAAAACCAGAUGCGCCUCCUAUAUCAACAUUGAAGAAACAGAAGACUGUUAAACCCAAAUUAAGAGUGCCCAUGCCAACUGAAACGUUCAGAAAUGAUGCUCCAAGUUCCAAUAUAUCCCAAAAUAUAGCAUUUAAAGUUGACUUAAAUUUAGUUGGUCUUUAUGAUAAUAAUCUUGAAAGUAAGGAGGAUAAUUUAAUUGAACCUGAUAGACUGAAAAUGGGAACUUUAAUUGGUGAAGGCGAAUUUGCUUCCGUUUUUGAAGGAGCUCUAGUGGAUAGAAAUGGCGAAGAAGUGAAAGUUGCCAUAAAAACUCUCAGAAACGAACAAUUAGAAAGUAGCAGAGAAAAUUUCCGAAAAGAAGCCAAGGUUAUGAUAAAUUUAAAUCAUCACUGUAUAGUGAAGCUCCUAGGAAUUUGUAUUGGGCCGCCGUUGCAGAUGAUUCAAGAAUUAGUUCCUUUGGGCUCAAUAUUACAAUAUAUUGACAUGCACCCAAAUGAAAUUAACCCUAAUUUUGAAUUUCAAAUUUGGGCUGCCCAAAUCGCCUGUGGAAUGCAUUAUCUUGAAGAAAAUAGAUUUGUCCAUAGAGAUUUAGCUGCGAGAAAUAUUCUAUUAUCGACAAAAUAUCAAGCCAAAAUAAGUGAUUUUGGCCUUUCCAGAGCAUUGUCAACUGAUAAGGAGUAUUAUAGUUCAUUGCGUGGGGGCAGAUGGCCUCUAAAAUGGUAUGCGCCGGAGUCAUGCAAGGUUGGACAUUUUGAUCACAAAAGUGACGUUUGGAGCUUUGGUAUAACCAUAUGGGAAAUGUAUUCGUUCGGAGCUUCUCCAUAUGGCGAUAUGAAGGGAGGAGAGGCAAUAGCACUGAUCGACAAAGGGGAAAGACUAAGUCAACCUGAAGCCUGUCCAGAUCACAUAUACAAAAAGAUGCUACAGUGUUGGACACUCGACAGCAGUGAGCGGCCUACUUUCAAAGAACUGGCGGAAUUUUUCAAAUCUGAUCCGGAAUAUAUAAACGUGAAGGAGUUAAUACCUGAAGUAAAUUUAGGUUAAAAGUUUCCAAUUAACUACAAGGUACCUAUGUGAUUUGCGCCCAGAAAUUACUGCCGAAUGAUUAAAUUUUUGCUGGUCAAAAAAAAUCGUGAUUUUGUAUAUAUUAAAUUUAAAAAAAAAUUUUGUGCUAUUUUUUUUGGCUGGCGGUCUAUAAAUGAGUAAAUUAGCGAAUCAUUAAGUUUUUUCUUCUAACUAGCUCUCACGUUUCUUAUCAACGUGUCAUUGGAUUAGGAUAUCUGUAUUCGCAAAAUAUCUAAAUCUUCUUUUAAAAGAUAAGGAAAUAAAGGGUCAAGAUAACUUUUCUCUAAGUAAGUUACAAAGGCAUUUCGCAUAGGCAUACAAAUAAAUAUUAUCACAAAUUUUGAAAACAAAAAAAUAAAAAUAAGAUAUAGAUAUAGGCACUAGCCAUAAUUAUUUUUAUACAUAUACUCUAAGGAUAUGACUAAUAUAUUUUAUGUUACCAUGGUACCUACAUGACAUUUAAGAUUUUUAAUUACUUGUUAAGUUUGACAUACAAGGUGUCCCUCAACGAAUUGCGUCUAUGGAUAUAGGAGAAAUUAUACAAAGACGUUCGUGGAAAAUUUGGUAACCCAGUAAAAUUGAUGCGAGCAGUCAAACAAGAAUCAGUCGCCAAGUAGAUGAGCAAUAUUUUUAUUGGAACAUUGUAUAUUCCAGAAGUUUUGAAUUCUACUGGUAAUUCUAAGCAUGUAUAAUAUUCUAUACCUAUCUUCAACUAUUUUUGACUAUCGACAAUAUUUAAAUCACAAAUGCUCACAGUUAAUUAAUCGUUAAUUUUUUGAUUAAAGGUAACCCAACUUUUGAUGGCCAUUUGUUAUUUUGCGCAAGGGUGUGUACCUGCACAUAUUUUAUUUUCAGGUUUUUCUUUUACUGGGUGGCCGCAGAACAUUAUUAGAAGUUGACUCAAAAAAAUGCAGGAAAAAUUAGUUUUGUGAAAUGUCCCACUGUCUGAGUGUCUUAAAAAAAUUAAAAACCCUAAAAAAGUCAUGAUUUUUAUCAAUUUUUGAAUAUAGUCUCUACACAGUGGUUUGUAUCACUUUGAAAAUAGCUACACAUGUUAGCUACUACCUCUAGCAAUCAAGAAAAAUUAGUUUUGUGAAAUGUCCCAAUGAAUUCCAAUGGUUGAAACUAGUUUUCUGACUGUUUUCAACCAAUGAAAUUUGCUCUGGCUGGUUUGUGAUUUCUAUGCGAACAGAUCUGAUGUUGUCUUUCGUAUGGAUAAGAAGGCUAUGAACAUCGUAAAAAAAUUGAAAGGGAAAAAGCUGUCAAGUGUCAACAUAAAUUAUUAUUUAGUGUAAAGUUCUAUCGUCUGUUAUAUAAUUUACUAUAAUAUAAUAUAAUUUGAUUUAUAUUGAAAGUUUUCUUGCCUCGACUGGGAUUUGAAUCCAGGACCCUCGCGUAUCCAGUGCAAUGCUCUACAAACUGAGCUACCGUGGCCUGUUUCAUUUCUACCUUGUCGGUCAAAUCAUUCAUCAAUUUUAAGUUGUUAGUUGUGAAGACCAGCGGCAACCAGCGUUGCACUGGAUAUGCGAGGGUCGGGUUCAAAUCCUAGUCGAGGCAAGAAUAUUUUUCAUCAAUUUUAAUUAAAGUGUCUGCAUGCCACUGAAAUCCAACAUACUGUACUGUAAAUAAAUAAAAAUGCCGGCAGGAUUAAAUUAAACAAACAAAGAUUGUUCAGAUUUAUUUAUUAUUUAUGGAGAAUGUGAUUAAGUGUUAUCAAGAUUUUUUGAUGGAUUUGCUGCAGAAACAGAUAACAUCGUCAAAUCAGUGUAUUUGGGAAAGAGCAUAUUCCGAAAUUUUGAAAACUACCGAUCUGCCAAAGCCAAAAUUCAGAAGAAUGAGCCAUUAACCAGUGUUGCCACCUCGAGAAAAGCUUCCCUUUCUGGAAAAUUUGUGGUUUGCAAAGGGAAAAAUAUGAAAACCUCUGAUUCUUGGAAAUAUUUUAGUUCGAUAUUGCUCGCAUCAAUUUUCCUAGAUUGCCAAAUUUGCAAAAAACAAUGUGUUUGCAUAUUUUCUCCUAUAUUUAUCGAUUGACGCAGUUCGUUAACAUCCUGUACAGGGUUUUCGAUUAUAUUUAAGCCUUUACUAUUUAAGAUUUAAAAAAAAUUGUUUUUAAUGGAGAAACGGAAUUUAUUUUUUUUCUCAGAAACUAUUGAAGGUAAAGCUAUAAAAUCAUUGAAAUCAGCUCAAAAAUAGCUAUGCAAUGAAAAAAUAAUAUACGGGGUGUCCCAUUAAAAAAAAAAUACAACUUUGGUUAAUAUUCCAAAAUCGGUGGCAUCUGGAAAAAAAUGUUCAUGCCACUGGAUUCUACUUGAAAAACUGCCUAAAGAGCUCAAGAAUGUGCUCCCAGAUUUCUGAUAUCUCUGCUGGUUUUCGAUAUAGUUCAUUAAAACAUCGAAAAUGGGCCACCCUGUACAAUUGACCCAUUCGAUCCGUAUGAUAAUUAUCGGUAAAAUAUACUCCGUUAAUAAUAAGAAUUUCCUACUGGCUGGUUGGCGGAUUUCUUGCUCAUUAAAAUUUAAAAACAAAUAGGUCAUGAAAAUCCUACGAGUUCAAUUUCUUUUUGGGCUGGCUCAAUCUCAUGUUUUGAUUAAUAUAUCAAGUCUCCAAUAAUUCGAGUAAAAAAAACUUCAACCCCUUGAAAAAUUAAAACCGUGAUAUGUGACUGAAAUCAAGUUUAGAACGUAUACCCACUAUUAAUUAUCGUGAUUUCAAAAAAAAAGACGCAAAAAAAAACUUUCCCCGUAUACUUUCAACUUAAAUAUUUAUUUCCAAAUCAGUUUUAUUGACAAAAAUAGUUGAAUAAAUUCAAAUGUGGCCUGCUCCCUUUAUGGGAGCAAGUGGCCACUAGUUGUGUCCAAGCACGAGCUCAAGCCCGCUAGCUAGAAAGCAGAAAUAACUGUCCCAGGUUUCUUAAUUGUGACAAAUAUACAUCUUUCUUUCACAGGAAUUUGCUGGCUCCAGGCCAUAUGAAUUUAAAAAGUCGUAGGAUUGAGAGGGUUAAAUUUAUUAAUAGAAAUAAACAUAUUCAGGGUUUGUGUAAACAGCACAUAACAUAACAUAAAAAAUAAGAUAAAAUAAGACAAGAUACAAAAUAACAUAAGAAAUGAUUUCUAACCAAUCAGCUGGUACUGGUAUCUACCGAAAACACUAUAUUAACCCGCUUUAUUCAUCUUCAGAUAAACUUGCUGGUAACUAUCUGUUAGAUAAAUUAACCGUUCUAUAAUUCUAUUGGUCGGCGGAUUACUGGCCGACCAAUGGGAUUACAGAUUGCGUUUUUAUCCGUCAGAUUGCAUACCUGACAGUUUAUCAAAGUUGAAUAAAUCGGCCCCCAAUCAAAAAAUGUAUUAAUUAAUAAUUCAGCAGAAACACGAAAAUAAAUACCGAACUCCAAAAAAUUACCAAAAACCCAAAGCAAAAUCAAAAUAAUUUUGAUUUGAAUGUUUUGUUUUGUACUGGGCCAAUGUCGACGUCGAAAAAAGAUUAUGCGCAUAAAAUAAUACAUAAAACUAAAAGUUAACCAAUCUUCUUAUUUCUUAUGUUAUGUUACGUUAUGUUAUGUUAUAUGUCUGUAUAAACUCACCUUUACUCAGAUAUUAACUAUUUAUUUUUGUGUAAAUCAAAAUCUGAACCAAGUCUAUUAUAAUAUAUUAUAGCAUUAAUUUGUUUCUGUUUGUUCAUCCAACGAAAACUUGACUCCCCCUACAUUGUCCUUCAGAAUUAAAGAUUUUUCGGAAAAUACCCAAAAUUUAACCAAAUAAGAUUCUGAGAAAGAAGAAUUGCAGAAAAAAAAAAAUCCCUUGAACGUCAUUCCCUCGGUCAUCCCUGAAAUUCGCAUGACAAAAAACUUGGUUUUGUUCAACUUCUGCAUUUUUAUUUCAAACUGAAUUUUUUCUUCUGCCUUAUAUACCGCUUAAAAUAGAAAAAGCUGGUUGUUUGCAUUUACGGAUAAAAAUACCUCUAAUUUGAUGCCAUGAGCCAUUUGAAAUUCUUAAGAGGGUUGGUGUGACGUUAGGUUUGCCUUUUAUUACAAUUCUUUUCUCAUACAAUCUAUUUGACCGAAAAGGUUUGGGGGGGGGGUCAAGUUUUGAAAUAAUGUAAGUCAUGUGAGGGUGAAAAAAGAUAUUGAGAAUAGCAUGAAAAUUAUAUUCCAAAAGGAAAAAAAAAUCUUGUGCCAUAAUGUUAAGAAAUUUAGUUGAGGCCUUAGUUGAAGAUUCCCAAAAUCCUAAACAUUAUUUUUUAUUAAAUAUUAUGUAUACAUUUA